AUGACGGCAAAACUACUUUUUCAAAUUGCUCUCCAACUAUUUUUGCUACUAAAUCUGCUCUGUUUGCAAUUAGUCACCGCUCAGUCUUAUGAGUGCUUUCAGUUUCCCGAACAGAAGCCAUCAGGUAGCAUCAACUUGUACUCGGAUGUUUUUAACACAAAAACCACCUACUUGAAUGCAUGGCAAUUUCUUCAAGAGCGCGCCAACAUCACCGUUGGCGUCGAAGGCACUUGUAAGCCAAUUUACCUUUUCUACAUCGGUAGACACUCCAUCCGCUAUCCAAUGAAGAAGGAGGUGGUCAAGUUUACCGAAGUUCUGCCUGGUGUUCGACAGGAAUUGCUGAGAGGUGGCCGUCUAAGCAGAAAUGUGCAAGCUGACUUGCAACGCUGGCGGCUCUUUAUCAGCCCUUCAGAGAGCGCCCGUGUGACACUGUCCGGACAGUUGGACACCGCUCUCCAGGCUCGUCACUUCUACCAGCACUUUCCCAACCUGCUGAACAUUGAAAAGUCAAACAUCGAAGUCGGUGUCACUUCGAAGAUUCGCAGCAAAGAAACGGCGCAAGCUUUUAUUCGGGCCAUCAGUGAGCUGCAGAUGCGAGAGAAGCUACCGUUCGAAGAGGCAAAUGAAGCUGUCGAAAAACUAGUCAAAGAAAAGUUUGCCAUGCCGACAAAGGACAACACGAUAAUGUCUCAUGAGCGAUGCAAAAAGCACCGAACACCGGAACGCAAGGCCAGAGAGCGAAAGGAGUACACUGAGCUGUCGCAGAGUGCGCCUAUUCAGAUCAUGGUCAGACAGUGGUACCAAAGGAAUGGUCUUCAGUUUCCACCCUCUCAAAGUGGCAAAAAGUCGGCCAACAGCACCGCCUUUGACACAAUGACCACAGUGUACCAGGCCUGCGCCAAUGAGAUGGCCGUUCUGCAGCACUCUCCCUGGUGCGCCCUCUUCACCACCAACGAACUGAAGGCACUCAGCUACAUGAGUGACACCUACGAGUACCGAAGCUCGACAAACGCAGACAAUGGCAUUGCCUGCACCAUUAUGAAGGACCUGACCGCCCAGUUGGACGCUGCAACCGCCCGUCUGAAGGGAGGAAGAGGACCGGUGACGCCAGGGUCGACGCUGUACUUCAGCCACAAGGGCAUGAUCAGUCGACUGGUGCAACACCUGGGCCUCUUCAGUCGGGCGCCCAGCCACCACCUGGACCCGAGCAACCCAGGACGGCUUUGUGUGGCCGGCGAUCGACAGUUUCGUUCCUCCACUGUCUUGCCCUUUGGCGCCAACUUUGCCGCAGUGCUGCACCAAUGCGGUGGUGACAAGAGCGGUCAGCUGAAGCUGUUGACGCUGUACAAUGAGAUGCCGGUGAAGAUUGCCGGAUGCAGCAGCUCUUUUUGUGAUCUUAACGAGUUUAUGCAGUUCUACGGCAGUGCAACCUGCCCAGUGGACGUCAUUUGUCCUCUUAAGAAAUGA